GGGGAGACUCUAAGCCCAUCACCACUGGCUGGGCCUUUCUGUUGGAAGUCCAGAGCACCCUCUGGAAGAUUUCCAUUCCAGACCACCUUGACACACACAUGAAGAAGAGAGUGGCCAUCGUGGGGGCUGGGGUCAGUGGUUUGGCCUCCAUCCGGAGUUGUCUGGAAGAGGGGCUGGAGCCCACCUGCUUUGAGAGGAGCAAUGAUGUUGGGGGACUGUGGAAAUUCUCGGACCAAGCAGAAGAAGGCAGAGCCAGCAUCUACCAGUCCGUGUUCACCAACUCUUCUAAAGAGAUGAUGUGCUUUCCCGACUUCCCAUACCCUGACAACUAUCCCAACUACAUGCACCACAGCAAGCUCCAGGAGUACAUACAGUCAUUUGCUAAGAAGAAGGACCUGUUGCGAUACAUACAGUUUGAGACCCUGGUUUCUAGUAUAAAGAAAUGUCCCAACUUCUUAGUCACCGGCCAAUGGGAAGUCAUUUCAGAAAAGGAUGGGAAGCAGAAAUCUGCCAUUUUUGAUGCAGUCAUGAUUUGUUCCGGACAUCAUGUGUACCCCAACCUGCCAACUGACUCCUUCCCUGGACUGGACCAGUUCCAAGGAAAGUACAUGCACAGCCGGGACUACAAGGGCCCUCUUACUUUCCAGGGGAAGAGGGUGCUCGUGGUAGGCCUAGGCAACUCGGGCACCGACAUUGCUGUGGAGCUCAGCCGCCACGCUGCCCAGGUCAUCAUUAGCUCCAGAAGUGGUUCAUGGGUCAUGAGCCGGGUUUGGGACAAUGGCUACCCCUGGGAUAUGGUGUAUGUCACCCGUUUCACAAAUUUUCUCCGGAAUAUCCUUCCUUCAUUUGUCUCUGACUGGAUGUAUGUCAGGAAGAUGAACACGUGGUUUAAGCACGAGAACUAUGGCCUGAUGCCUCUAAAUGGUACUCUGCGAAAAGAGCCUGUGUUCAACGAUGAGCUCCCAUCCCGAAUUCUGUGUGGGGUUGUUUCUAUCAAGCCAGGUGUGAAGAAGUUCACAGAGACCUCAGCCAUCUUCGAGGAUGGAACUGUCUUUGAGGCUAUCGAUUGUGUCAUUUUUGCAACUGGCUAUGGGUAUGCCUAUCCCUUCCUUGAUGACUCCAUCAUCAAGAGCAGAAACAACGAGGUCACCUUGUUCAAAGGCAUCUUCCCUCUUUUCCUGGAAAAGCCAACAUUGGCUGUGAUUGGCCUCGUCCAGUCUCUGGGGGCUGCCAUCCCCACUGCUGAUCUGCAGGCUCGAUUUGCUGUAAAAGUGUUCACAAACAAAUGCACUUUGCCAAGUGAGAAGGAAAUGAUAGAUGACGUUGAUGAGAAAAUGGGGAAGAAACUCAAGUGGUUUGGCCAGAGCCAGACGCUGCAGACAGACUAUAUCACCUACAUGGACGAACUGGGCUCCUUCAUCGGCUCCAAACCCAACAUCCCCCGGCUCUUCCUGACUGACCCCGGACUGGCCCUCGAGGUGUUCUUUGGACCUUGUAGCCCAUACCAGUUCAGGCUGAUGGGCCCAGGGAAGUGGGAGGGAGCCAGAAAUGCCAUCAUGACCCAGUGGGACCGGACUGUGCAGGUCACAAGAACCAGGGCCGUGCAGGCAGCUCAGAGGCCCCAGCCCUUGCACAAUGUGCUUAGGGUGUUCUCCUUUCUGGCCCUCCUCUUUGCUGCUUUCCUGACCUUUUACUAAUGGGGAGGGACCUGGGCUCCUGACCAAGCAUCCCCCAGCUCUCCAGCCCUGUCUACUGGUCUAAGUAGACAUCAGAUGCCAGAUUCUUCAUCUUUUUCUUUCUAAUGAGCCUCGGUGCUCCAGGAGGCCAUCCAACAGUACAAGAGACAAAUCUGGGGAUGUUCAUGGUGAGGGGAAAGAUGGCAGAGAUAAAGGGAGCCCACACCAAAAUUCAGAGUCACAAGCAAAACAAGCUUUUGAAAGAGGG